AUGAAGCAACCCUCCUCCUUUGCCCUUCUACCUUUGCUCUUCUUACUCUUUCUCCUAACCAGAACUACUGCUAACCUGAAAUCGGACAAACAGGCCCUUCUUAACUUUGCGGCUGUGGUACCUCAUGGCCGAAAACUUAACUGGAAUAGCAAUGCAUCAAUCUGCACCUCUUGGGUCGGCAUUACUUGCACCCCAGAUGCCACUCGUGUACUUUCCCUCCGUCUCCCUGGUGUUGGACUCUAUGGUCCCAUUCCAUCUAACACAUUAGGGAAGCUGGGUGCACUCACAAUCCUCAGCCUCCGAUCUAACCGCCUCAAUGGGACUCUUCCAUCUGAUAUCCUCUCUCUUCCUUCCCUACGCUACAUAUACCUCCAACAGAACAACCUUUCAGGUGAUAUUCCUUCCCCUAUUUCUCACCAACUCAUCUCGAUUGAUCUCUCCUUCAAUUCGUUCAAAGGCAACAUUCCAGCCACCAUUCAGAAUUUGACAAAUCUUACUGGAUUGAACCUCCAGAACAACUCCCUCGAAGGAUCCAUCCCUGAUCUUAACCUUCCAAGGCUUAACCAUUUGAAUUUGAGCAAUAACAACCUUAAUGGUACAAUUCCAUCUUCCCUCCGGGUUUUCCCUGCUUCAUCUUUUGAAGGGAACUCUAAGUUGUGUGGGCCACCACUGACCCAGUGCCCUUCCAUCACCCCCGCUCCUUCUCCUUCCCCAACUUCCUUGCCACCAUCUCCUCUCCCAGCUUACUUGCCACCAUCUCCUUCCCAAGCUUACUUGCCCCCACCGCAAAUAGUCCCUCAAAAACAGAAAACCAAGAAGAAACUAAGCACAGUUGCUAUAAUUGCCAUUGCAGUCGGGGCUUCUGCCGUACUGUUUCUUCCAGUUCUGAUGGUGCUACUGUGCUGCCCAAAGAAAAGAAAUAGUGGUGGAGCUGGUGUGCUUAAAGGGAAUGCUUUCAGUGGUGGAAGGGGUGAAAAGACUAAGGAAGACUUUGGGAGUGGGGUGCAAGAGGCUGAGAAUAACAAAUUGGUCUUCUUCGAAGGUGGUUCUUAUAAUUUUGAUCUUGAGGAUUUGUUGAGAGCCUCUGCUGAAGUUUUGGGAAAGGGGAGUUACGGGACAACCUACAAAGCUAUCCUAGAGGAGGGCACAAUCGUGGUUGUGAAAAGGCUGAAGGAAGUGGUGGUUGGGAAGAGAGAGUUUGAACAACAGAUGGAAAUUGUGGGGAGGGCUGGUCAUCACCCAAAUGUUGUGCCCCUUCGUUCUCAUUACUAUUCGAAGGAUGAGAAACUCCUAGUUUAUGACUACAUUGCCCAUGGAAGCUUGUCCACACUGCUGCAUGGAAACAGGAACUCUGGCAGAACACUUGACUGGGAAUCCAGAGUGAAGAUUUCGCUUGGAACUGCGAAGGGCAUAGAACAUAUACAUUCUACUGGUGGUGGGAAGUUAACACACGGAAACAUCAAGUCAUCAAAUGUCCUCCUCACCCAAGACCUCCAUGGAUGCAUCUCAGACUUUGGCCUAACUCCUCUAAUGGGCUUCCCUACUAUGCCACCUAGAAGUACUGGCUACCGAGCCCCCGAGGUGAUUGAGACAAGAAGAUCUACUCAAAAGUCGGAUGUUUACAGCUUUGGUGUUCUCCUCCUUGAAAUACUGACUGGCAAAGCACCAGUCCAGUCAGCAGGGCAUGAUGAUGUGGUAGAUCUACCAAGGUGGGUGCAGUCAGUUGUUAGAGAGGAAUGGACAGCAGAAGUGUUUGAUGUUGAUCUGAUGAAAUAUGAGAAUAUUGAAGAAGAGAUGGUGCAGAUGCUUCAGAUUGCAAUGGCCUGCGUAGCCAGGGUGCCUGACAUGAGACCAAAAAUGGGUGAAGUUGUCCAGAUGAUUGAGGAAAUCAUCAAGCCACCUGACUCCGAGAAUCAAGCAUUAUCACAGGGUAUCAGGUCCAGAAGCCCAACUACUAGAACACCUUGA